UAAACAACGUGAUUUUUUCCCCUGAAAGAGGCUGGCUGGCUCACACGAGCCGCGUAUAAACCCUCGAAUGAAUUUAUAGUGUCUGCAUGCUUCGCUACUUCACUCCAAUUGUCCGCAGGCUGCAGAUGCUCUUCGCCAAUCCAGCACUGCAGGUGCAGUUAAUGCUGGAGACGCUGAUAGUAGUUCUGGUUUGAUAUCCAUCUCUUUGCUUGUUUCUUUUCCUCACACAGAGCCUUUUUUCUGCUUACCCCCCAAAUUGUGCUCUAGUGCUGCCGCGUGAGGUGUUGGGUUCAUUGGAUCCCGCAGUCUGACCGGCUUUGCGGUGCGUCUUCAAGAGCAUCAACAUUUUCUUUAGUGGACAUAUGACGAACAGUUCCGUGUGCUGCCGCAUCAUGUUGACAUAACUCUGCUGAAGAACUGAAAUUAAUGAAUAGCCGGAGAGGAGCGAUGAUAUGAAUUAACUCUUUGAUGUGGAGGGAAGCAGGAAAGGGGCUUUAUACUGCAUAUACUGGCGAGGAAACACGGGAAUGAGGCUUUAAACACGUUUCUUGACGCUGUGAGUUUUCUUGUUGAAGUUGGCUUUGCUCAACCAUGGAAAAAUGAAUUGGAAUGGAUAUUUUGAUAAGUGUUCCUUAGAGAUGGAUGGAAGAUUUUCCAACCUUUCCCCUUUAUGAAUCUUUUCGUGAUGACUCUGGAAAGGUGGAGCGAUCAGGAAAAGCUAAUGACGGACGGACCUAUUAAUCCAUCAAGAGCACCAGAGGGGUUUGGAAACGUUUGGAUGGAAAUGUUUGCACCUUUUUCUGGUUUUAUACGGAACUACUAAUGCAUAGUUGUGGAUCUCUGCUGGAAUCUCAGUUGUCAGUAUAGUGAAAUGAAUUCAGGGCUGUUGACAUAUUAGCUGUGAUUUUUGCUUCUUUUUUUCGCAAAUAUCCAUCUUUUCUUCUGAAAGUAUUCCGAUCUAAAUGGAAUUAGUUGAGAAAGCCCUCUGUGAAAGGAAUAGACAUGGUACAUGGGAACAGGUUCCUUCACGUUGUUGCAGGUCUUCUCAUGCUUGGGUUGUCUGGGGCAACAAAGAAGGAAGCAGUGAAAAACAAUUCAGGAGUGCAGCCAGCAGGGCAGUGUGGAACCUGGGUGAAAGAACCAGAGGGAGGCCUCUUCACCUCACCCAAUUACCCAAACAAAUAUCCUCCAGAGCGAGAAUGCAUCUACAUCAUUGAAGCUCCCCCGAGACAAUGCAUUGAUCUUUUCUUUGAUGAAAAGUAUUCAAUAGAGCCUUCAUGGGAAUGUAAAUUUGACCAUAUUGAAGUCCGGGAUGGACCCUUUGGCUUUUCUCCAAUAAUUGGACGCUACUGCGGCCAGCAGAACCCUCCAUAUAUCAGAUCGAGCGGCCGUUACCUAUGGAUAAAAUUUGUUGCGGAUGGUGAAUUGGAAGCGAUGGGAUUUUCUGCUAGCUACAAUUUCACAGCAGAUCCCGACUUUAAAGACGUAGGAGUCCCCAAACCUCUUCCCUUUUGUGAAUUCGAGAUGGGUGGACCUGAAGGCAUCAUUGAAUCGCAGCAGAUCACCAAAGAUGGCAAAGCCUUGCAGACCGAGGCAGUGGACUGCAAAUGGUAUAUCCGUGCCCCUCCUCGCUCCAAGAUCUACUUGCGUUUCCUAGACUACGAGAUGCAGAACUCCAACGAGUGUAAGCGUAAUUUUGUGGCGGUGUAUGAUGGCAGCAGCUCGGUGGAAGACCUGAGGAAUAAAUUCUGCAGCACGGUGGCUAAUGAUGUCAUGCUGGUGUCCGCGCUGGGCGUGGUCCGCAUGUGGGCCGAUGAGGGCAGCCGAAAGAGCCGCUUCCGGAUACUCUUCACUACCUUCCAAGAGCCUCCCUGUGAGGCAGAUACUUUCUUUUGCCACAGUAACAUGUGUAUCAACAACACGCUGGUGUGCAACGGAAUCCAGAACUGUGUCUACCCUUGGGAUGAAAACCACUGCAAAGAAAAGCGGAAAGCAAACAUCCUGGACAACCUCAAUAACACCAACAGCACCAUCAUCGGCAUUACAUGCUGCAUUGUACUGAUCCUCCUGGUCAUAUCGGUCAUCGUCCAAAUCAAGCAGCCACGGAAGAAGUACAUCCUGAGGCGGGAGGACUUUGACCCCACCAUGUUCCAGGAGGUGUUCCAGGAGCCGCCACAUUAUGAACUCUGCACUCUCCGCAGCGCGCCAGCCACCUCAGCAGACCUGGCCGAGCUGGCCGAGGACUUUGAGAGCUACCACAAGCUCCGGCGUGCCUCUUCACGCUGCAUCCACGAGCAUCACUGCGGCUCCUCGCAGCUGCCCAGCAACAAGGGCAGCCGCACCAACCUGAGCGCCCGCGAGGCAACGGCCGCCAUCCUGACAGACCUCCCGCCGCAGCCCAUGCGGCCGCUUCCUCCCCAAACCAACCGCAGGAACAUUCUGGUAAUGAGACACACCUACUCACAAGAGGCCGCUGAUGCCUGUGACCUGGACGAUGACCUGGAGGACGUGCCCACCACCAGUCACAGGCUGUCCAGACACGAGAAAGCAGUGCAGAGACUUCUUGAAAAUAGUGCAAUCCUGGAUCCGUACGAACGGGCUUCAAUGAAAUAUGAAAAUGUGGACCGGAGAUAUACACCAGCAUGAUAAUAACAUGGACAUUUUAAAGACAAAUUUAUCAAAACAACCUGCAGAUGUAAAGGAGGACGGGGAUUCGGUAACAAAGGAAGUGACUGUGAUGAAAUCGCUUUAACAUGUAGCUCCUAAUUUAGGCUCAUUGCCUUUUUUAAGGUUACUUAUUUAGGAUUGCAAAACAUUAUAUGGAUAGAUGUGAAUUAGUACUUUCAGGACUGUUGUAGUGCAUGCAUUUUAUUGUCAUGUUUUGCCACCAAAAGUUGUCUUUUUAUUUGUCGAAACACUUUUAUUUAAGAUGUCGGAUAUUUGUGACUUUCAGCAAACACUUUCUAUUCACAUAUUUGUCAAAUUCACUUUAAUGUUCAUGCAUGUUUUCUUUCUCAUUUUUAAAGUGAGUGACUGUGCAUUUAGGUGCAGCAUCAAACCCAAGACUCGUUUAUUGUAGAUAGGUUUAAUUACAAAAAAUAUAUAUAACAAAUGGAAUGACACUAGGCCCUUCCCCUCCCCUAGUUUACUGAUAUACUUACUAACUGCAUGCUAAUCAUCAUUAUUCAAUAAAUCAUAUAUAUAAAAUACCAUCUAUGAUUAAACUAUGCUAUAUUUCCUUUACAUAAAUACGUUUUGAAAUACCAUAAACUCACUCAACUCUUCCAGUUGCUGUUGUUAAAUGAUGGAUAACAGUGAGUUAACAUUUGCUACAUUUUAGUAGCACACAAACUUUGUAUGUUAAUGGUGUUUUAUCUUUUGUAGAUGAUUUGUUCAACAGCUGAAUCACCAAUACGAGCAGAGUUUAUGCUUUGUCAAAGAACAAUACACUUAUUAUAAAUAAAGACAUUAGUAAUUAUAAAUCUUAAGUUUACUUUUCAUGCUUUUGUGUGAUCCAUUGACCUGCAGUGAAUGUCAGAUGUGAUAUCAACAGAGCAUUAUAAAACCCUAUAUGCAAGACAUUAAAACAUCAUAUUCUCUCUCUCUCUCUCUCUCUCUCUCUCUCCCUCUCUUUCACACACACACACACACACACACACAGUAUGUCAAAUGUUUUUUGUUUUUCAAGCUACAUUUUUAAACUGGAGUCACCAUACAGAUUCAAAUGAAUUAUCAGUGUUUCUGUCUGUCUGCCCAUUGUCUUGACUGUUUUGUUUUUGAAUUUAAACUAUAUAAACAACUGAAAAUAAAUGAUUUUGAUGAAUUAAUGAAUGAAUUUACAUUAUGGGUGAAUUUACACUUUCUUAU